UAAAUUCAUAAAAGAAAAUGAAGGUAGGAGGCCGAUACAAAUUAGGCAAAAAGUUAGGAAGUGGUGCUUUUGGAGAAAUUUAUAGGGGUACGAAUAUUAAGACUGGCGAUAAUAUGGCGAUAAAGUUGGAGCCAGUGAAGACAAAGUACCCACAGCUCUAUUAUGAAGCGAAGCUAUAUAAAUACCUCAAAGGAACUGAAGGGGUCCCGAAUGUAUAUUACUAUGGCACAGAGGGAGAUUACAAUUGAUUGGUUAUUGAUAUGCUGGGACCUUCUCUUGAAGAUCUUUUUGAUUACUGUAAAAGAAAGUUCUCUCUCAAAACUGUCCUCAUGAUUGGGGACCAUAUGGUCAAAAGACUAGAGAGUCUUCAUAAUAAAUGAUUCUUGCAUAGGGAUAUUAAGCCAGACAACUUCCUCAUGGGGUUGGGAAAACAACAGCAUAUCGUCUUCAUGAUAGAUUUUGGUUUAGCAAAGCGAUACAAAGAUCCAAGAUCAGGAGAACAUAUUGCUUACAGGGAUGGUAAAAGUCUAACAGGAACUGCCCGAUAUGCCAGUGCCAAUACUCACCUCGGAAUAGAGCAAGGAAGAAGGGAUGACCUCGAAUCAGUAGGAUUUGUUCUCAUCUACUUCCUCAAGGGUAAACUCCCUUGGCAAGGCAUUGCAGCCAAAACUAAGAAAAACAAAUAUGAUCGAAUCAAGGAGAAAUAAAAUAUCAACCUCAAUCGAUGAACUUGUUAAGGGUCUUCCAAAAGAGUUUGGCAAAUUUAUGAAUUAUUGAAGAGAUCUCAAAUUUGAAGAAAAGCCAGACUACAUCCUACUCCGAAAAUACUUACAAGACACAGCAGAGAGAAUGAAUUAUGAACAUGAUUAUUACUAUGACUGGAUAGUGAAAAAGAAUAGCAAAAUAAAUGUCCCAAUCCCACCUAAGAUAAAGGCUGAUGAAGAACCGAUAAAGCCAACACAAAUUAUGGAUAUGAAGCCACCUCUGAAUAAUUCGAUCAUGAAUAAGGCUCGUGGGAACUCUGUAGAUGCUCCGAUUAUUAGAAGGGAUACCUACAACAGCUUUAAUAAGCUAAAUGCAGUUUCUAAUUCGUAUAAUAACACAAAAUAUAGUGGCAUAAAUCCUAUCAAUGGCCUGAAGUAUCAAGAAUAUGACCCGAAAAGUAGCCGCAGAGAUCAGCCAACAAACAUGAUGACUACCACAGGAAUGAUGUCUAGUGCUGCUACGAAGGAUAAGAAAUAUGAUGGAAUGGGUACUUCUGGUGUGAACUUCAACGAGAGGAAUUUCCGUAACACUUCAUCAAAUGCUUACAGUGGUUCCUUUGGAGUUCCUGUACUGAAAAAGAACUAUACGAGUGAUCAUUUCAACCAACCUCACAAGCCUUAUCCCUUGAAUAGGGGAUCUUCCCAACAAAUCACAACAGGAAGAGGGCAAGGAGACUUUAACAGUUAUUUCAGAUCAUCAGCUGCAGCUAUGUUUGGAAGUCAUGCAGUAGCAAUGCCUAAGUUUUCAACCAACCAAAUGCGAACCAAAUACUAGCUCUAACUUUUAAUGUUGAUAAAAAUAUUUCCUCAA